CAUUCUCACGCUAGUCAACGUCAGGUCACUUCUGAGAGGAUACCCUAGUUAGCAUGUCAAACGCUGUACACCACACCAUAUAUUCUUGGUUAUUUAUCACCAUUGCUAUUUACUGAGUGGAAGUUACACGUAUCUGUUGAACUGACAGCUGACAGCCCCAUUCAUCUUAAUUGAGGUCAACAUUGGAAGGUGUGACUGUCAAUAUGCGUUGUGAUGGUCAUCUGCUGAAGCUACUUAUCGUGGUGUCUAUACUAAUAACAAUUGGUUUAUUCCACUAUACAGGAUAUUUCAGAAGUAACCGAACCGUCCGUAUGUCGCAGAGAUUUCCUGACAUCACGGUCACUAUAAGAGAGGGUGAUCUACAGGCUGAUACAACUCACACAAAUUAUCUUCCAGACAAUGACACGAACAUCACACAGACAACAUUACAUAAUAUGCUAAUGCCACUUGAAAAUGAACUUGAAGAAAGAAGACGCCAACUGAAAGUGACAUGUUCAACGAAUAGUUUGUACCAGGAUCACGUAAAUCUGGAAAAUGUCACUGCCUCCACAACAAUAUACGUAGACGACAAGUACAAAGUGCUCUACUGUCCUAUCCACAAAGUCGCCACUUCUAACUGGAGACGCGUACUCAUGGUCUUAGCGGGUGACGUCAAAAACGAGUCACAGGUUGGAAAAGAUCAUUACCUCGCUUACACGUCCAAGCACAAACCAUUAAAAACCUUUUCUCCAGCCGAACGUCUUAGACGCAUUCACACUUACAAAAAGUUCUUCUUUGUAAGGCACCCUUUUGAGAGAUUGGUCUCCGCAUUUCGUGAUAAAUUCGAGAUGGGCGUCGCCCAUGAGGAGUGGUGGUACAUGAAGACAUUUGGUGUUCCUAUUAAAAAGUGGGCUCACCCGGAAAUGAGUGCUCGCGAACUUGACGCGCAGAAAACGAAAGUGACGUUUGAAGAAUUCAUUGGCUAUGUUACGGCAUUUGCUAACACCAAACAAAUCGAUAUGCACUGGGACCAGUACCACAGGCUGUGCCGUCCGUGUGAUAUUGACUAUGAUAUCAUUGGCAAAUAUGAAACUCUUGAUCGCGAUACUAACUUCGUGCUCCAUGAAAUCGGUGUUUACGAUAUUGUACAUUUCCCAACCACAAAACUCAACAAUCACAACACACAUACUUCAGUGACGUCAAUCGAUAGUUACAUGUCUCAGCUAUCUCCAACCGUGUAUCAGAAUUUAAAAGAAGUUUACUCGCUGGAUUUCGAAAUGUUUGGUUACGACAUGAUGUGAAACAAAACAAGCUGAAAAUAACUGGAAGGCUUUUAUAUUUUACAUAUCGACUUCAGUUUUAUUUGUACAUUAUGUGCUUUUUUUUAAAGUUUGAUUGUCAAAUUGACGCAAUAAAAAAACUACCUACACAUAACUACC